CGCCUCAGAGAAGCGCGUGCAACCUCUGUGCCUCCUCCGCCAGAACCUCGAGAGAAGGACGCCCGCAGCCUCGGCCCUAGCCUCACCGCGCUCCCGGAGCAUCCGAUCCCGCUGCUCACCGCCUUGUCGGCUUCCGUGUCGCUGCGCUCGUCCCGGCUCUUUCUGCGCGCCACAAUGAGCUCCAGCACCGCCAGGGCGCUCGCUGUCGCCGUCACCCUUCUCCACUUGACUAGGCUGGCACUCUCCACCUGCCCCGCCGCCUGCCACUGCCCUCUGGAGGCGCCCAAGUGCGCCCCGGGAGUCGGGUUGGUCCGGGACGCCUGUGGCUGCUGUAAGGUCUGCGCCAAGCAACUCAAUGAGGACUGCAGCAGAACGCAGCCCUGCGACCACACCAAGGGGCUGGAAUGCAAUUUCGGCGCCAGCUCCACCGCUCUGAAAGGGAUCUGCAGAGCUCAGUCAGAAGGCAGACCCUGUGAAUAUAACUCUAGAAUCUAUCAGAAUGGCGAAAGCUUCCAGCCCAACUGUAAACAUCAGUGCACAUGUAUUGAUGGCGCCGUCGGCUGCAUUCCUCUGUGUCCCCAAGAGCUGUCUCUCCCCAAUCUGGGCUGUCCCAACCCCCGGCUGGUGAAAGUCAGUGGGCAGUGCUGUGAGGAGUGGGUCUGUGAUGAAGACAGUAACCUCAAGGACUCCCUGGACGACCAGGAUGACCUCCUUGGAUUUGAUGCCUCAGAGGUAGAGUUGACGAGGAAGAAUGAGUUAAUUGCAGUUGGAAAAGGCAGCUCACUGAAGAGGCUUCCUGUCUUUGGCACCGAACCGCGAGUCCUUUACAACCCUCUGCAUGGCCAGAAAUGCAUCGUUCAGACAACCGCAUGGUCCCAGUGCUCCAAGAGCUGCGGAACUGGCAUCUCCACACGAGUUACCAACGACAACCCAGAGUGCCGCCUGGUGAAAGAGACCCGGAUCUGUGAAGUGCGUCCUUGUGGACAACCGGUGUACAGCAGCCUGAAAAAGGGCAAGAAAUGCAGCAAGACCAAGAAAUCCCCAGAACCAGUAAGGUUUAAUUAUGCAGGAUGCUCCAGUGUGAAGAAAUACAGGCCCAAAUACUGCGGCUCCUGCGUGGAUGGCCGCUGCUGCACACCUCUGCAGACCAGGACCGUGAAGAUGCGGUUCCGAUGUGAAGAUGGGGAGAUGUUUUCCAAGAAUGUCAUGAUGAUUCAGUCUUGCAAAUGUAACUACAACUGCCCACACCCCAACGAGGCAUCAUUUCGCCUCUACAGCCUGUUCAAUGACAUCCACAAGUUCAGGGACUAAAUGCCUCCUUGGUUCCUAGUGUGGGGUGGAUAGAGGAGGGGUAUGAGCAUCAUGGAGACAUGGGUGGGGUGGUGGGGUGAAGGGGCUCAUUGUAGAAGGGAUGCCUUGCUCAUCAUUGAGUAGCAUUAAGGUAUUUCAAAACUGCCAAGGGGGCUGGUGUGGACGGACAAGAAUGCAGCCGCAGUUGGGGAAUACUUCGCUUCAUAGUAUUGGAGCACGUGUUAAUGCUUCAUUUUGGAGCGUGUCGUGUGGAUGACGUUCUGUUUUCUGUUUGUAAAUUAUUUGCUAAGUGUAUUUUUUGCUCUAGAUCUUUUUUUCCCCCCUUUUGGUUCUACAAUUGUAAUAGAGAUAAAAAGAUUAGUUGGGCUGCGUGAAAGCCUUGUUUGUCCUCUGACAGAAGUCAAUGAAAGGGCCUCUCAUUCCUUCCUGGGGGAGGGGGACACUCUGUGAGUGUCUGAGAGGCAGCUACCUGCACUCUAAACUGCAAACAGAAACCAGGUGUUUUAAGACUGAAUGUUUUUUAUUUAUCAAAAUGUAGCUUUUGGGGAGGGAGGGGAAAUGUAAUACUGGAAUAAUUUGUAAAUGAUUUUAAUUUUAUAUCAGUGAA